GGAGCUUAUAACAGGGUUUGGGGCGGGGGAAAUGAUAAAGCAGUCCAUAGUUCUUUCUCUAAAUGACCUCUUCAUGUUCUGCACCUGAGCAGCACUCAUAUCCUCCCUGAACAACUCAAUGUUUCUCUACCCUGUGUGGUGAAAUUGAAAUGUGCAUUUUGUUUYUUGCAUCACACUUGACCUCUGUCUUGUUGCAGCCUUAAAAUGCAAYGCAGGAACUUCUGCCUCACAGGCUGAAAUGUUUUUUUUAAACUUUACUUCCUCUUCUGACACAAUUUACAGCCACAACAAAAAAACCUUUCAGUUUCAGUGAUAGAUUUGGUCGUCCCAGCACGCUUCACAGAAAUGGACAGCRGCGUUCAAGGAGGUAAAGCUUAUGGCGUUCUGAAAUCUCAACAGGAGGAGAAACUCAGCUCUAUCAAUGAGGCUUUUCUCACUGAUCCAAAGUAUGCAGAAGAGGAAGAUCUGGCUGCAAAACUUGAAAUGUUUAAAAAGAAAUACAUGGAGUUUGAUCUUAAUGACAAAGGGGAAAUAGAUAUGAUGGGACUGAARCGUAUGCUGGAGAAACUCGGCUUGSCCAAAACCCACUUAGAGCUGAAGAAGAUGAUGUCAGAGGUGGCUGGAAGUGCAUCGAGUGACACCAUCAGCUACCAUGACUUCCUGAAUAUGAUGCUGGGGAAACGAAAUGCAAUUCUAAAGCUGAUCUUGAUGUUUGAAGGAAUGGGAAAGGAGCAGGAGCAGAAGAGUGCUGGACCACCUACUCGCAAAACUUUUUCAGACCUCCCCUGAAGCUGCCAUCUUUAUUUAAAUAAAAUUGACAAACUGCUGCUGCUUAAUAACCUGAUUUAUAAAUUACCCAAUGCAUUAACAAAAUAGUACAUAAAAACAAACACUGAUUAAAAAUAUGUUUUUUUUUACAAAAUGAUGAAAUUGAAACUUUUCUUUUUACACUGCCUAAAACAUCAACAUACUCUAUGUACUUUGAUGAAAGUAUGUUUUAUUCUUUUUAUUACUGAUUGUUACUGAUUAUUGUUAAACCAUUGUCAUUGUUAAGUGRUUACUGAGGUCUGAUGAAAGUGGGGUCAUAAAGUAGCAAAAGAAAGAUGUUGUCUUGUUUCAUACAGUCUGUCAUUUCAGAACAAACAUAAUCAUGUUACUGUAAACAUGUCUGAUAUACUUUUAUUAAAAAAUAGGCAAACUGUUUUUA